CCUGGGGUUUAUUCUGUCUCUUUGUGUUUCUCUGUAUAUCUGUCCCCUUUCCCCCAUAAUACAAAUUAAGAAUUGUAUUGUUUGGGCAACAAAAUCUAUUAAUAACUUAUCGCACUAUCGUCGUUAUAGUUAAAAUUACUUGCUGUAUUAAUUCAGCCACUUUAGCGGAGUUGCUCUUCCGUAUAUUAGACCACCCGGAAGAACUCGCAACCAACAGGAAAGCAACAACUAUUGCCCGUAAUUCCCCGACCAAUAUUUAUAUUAUCAACAACUUGAACAUCCCCUCCUCCUCAACAGUUCUCAAGGACCCGUGAGCAAGUUCAUUCAAAUCCGCAACUUCGUUAACAAACCCCCAGUUUUUGCUACCGUAACGCAACCAUGAACAAAACGGCCAGAACCAAUGAGCCCCUCCGCGCGGGCAGCGGCUUCAACCAGAGCCCCGAUCCAUUGUCCAACGACCUAACCACCAAUGAAGACUUUGGCGACACGGCCAAUAAUACCGCGCUAGGCGAGCAAGGCGGACGCGCCCUCCGUGGUGCCGGGCUAACAGACCAAAAUGGCGGCUCUCAGGACGGUGCCGCUGCCACCAGUUCAACCACUGAAGAUGGCGAUGCCACGACCAAAAGUCGGCUGGCUCGUCGACCAACCAACCAUCGCCAGCAUCCCAAGGGCGAUUUGGUUGUGACUUCGACGGCACCAAUCGCCCAGCCUCCGUUGUCUUGCUCGCUGCCGCUCCCCUCGGCGGGCGAUGACGACGGCAACCGCAGCACAACGCUGCAAAACCUCAAGAAGAAGCUCCUGACGUACUUUUACUUUGUCGGGCCUGGCUUCAUGAUCUCUGUUGCCUACAUCGAUCCCGGCAACUACUCGACCGAUAUUUCGGCCGGAGCAUCGUACCGUUUCCGCCUCUUGUUCGUUGUUUUGCUGUCCAACUUCAUCGCCAUCUUUCUUCAAAGCUUGGCUAUAAAGGUCGGUACCGUGAGCGGCCUCAACCUCGCGCAGAUGUGCCGUGCUCACCUCCCUCGAUGGCUCAACUACUUUCUCUACUUCUUCGCUGAGGCUGCCAUCAUUGCAACUGACAUUGCAGAGGUCAUUGGCUUUGCAAUUGCCUUGAAUCUCUUGAUCCCGCAAGUCCCCUUGGUUGCGGGUUGUGCCAUCUCAAUUGUAGACGUCAUGGUCAUUCUCCUCUUUUAUCGCCCGGAGAAGUCCAUGAGAGGAAUUAGGUACUUUGAAGGCUUUGUUGCCUGCUUAGUUCUUGCCGUGGUUGUCUGCUUUUGCAUCCAGAUGUCCUUGAUCCGCGAUACAACGGUAGCCGAGGUCUUCCAGGGUUAUCUACCCUCCAGCUUUCUCAUUGAACAAAAAGCUAUCUAUCAGGCUUGCGGUAUUCUUGGCGCCACCGUCAUGCCGCACAGCUUGUAUCUAGGCUCAGGCAUUGUUCAGCCACGACUGCGAGACUACGAUCAACGGGCUGGUCUUUUACCUAGCGAGCUUAACUCGACAUCUCCGGAUGCCAGUGACGACGAGGAAAUCAGCAAGGGCUACUACAUCCCAUCCAUGAGUGCAAUCAAAUACUCGCUCAACGCCUCCAUCCUAGAGCUGGGCCUGUCGCUCUUCACCUUUGCGCUCUUUGUCAACUCGGCCAUUCUCAUUGUUGCUGGCGCGUCGCUCUACGGAAACGAAGAUGCACUUUCCGCCGACAUCUUUGGCAUCCACGACUUGCUUUCACAGGCCAUCUCUCCCGCGGCGGGAACCAUCUUCGCCUUGGCUUUGCUUUUCUCGGGCGUUUCCGCAGGUAUCAUUUGCACUAUUGCCGGCCAGAUGGUUAGCGAAGGUGCCAUAAAUUGGACGCUGAAGCCGUGGCUUCGACGCCUUGUGACUCGUAGCAUCAGUGUCACUCCAAGUAUCAUCAUCGCUGGCGCCGUGGGCCGAUCCGGACUCAACGCUGCUCUCAACGGCACACAGGUUGCUCUGAGCAUCAUCUUGCCAUUUGUCACUGCCCCUCUCAUCUACUUUUCUGCUCGCGACAAGUUUAUGACUGUUUAUCCUGGCAGUGCGCGCUGGCUUGCCCACGAUAGCCGUAAUGCGAACCAGGACAACAACGACGAAGCUGAGCAGCUUUCACUCACCGAUGACCGUCAGCCUGUAAAGAUGGCCAACUCUUGGCCGACGACCAUCAUCGCAGUCUUGGUAUGGCUAUUUAUUGCCAUUAUGAACGUUGCCAACUUGGUCUUUUUGGGCCAGGGUCAGGAUUAGCGUCAAUAUCGGACUUGGCCUAAGGUCGUGCGCUGUCGCUAACCUGCGUUCCCCUUCACGUUGAGGGUUUUUUUUUUUUUUUUUU